AUGAAACCGGGCAAGGACACCUUCUGCCAGCGGGCACCCAUCUUCCUUGACUACCUGCACAGCAUCCUGCAGAAGUACCCGGAUGGAGGGCAGAUCCUCAAGGAGCUGGUGCAGAAUGCAGAUGAUGCCGGUGCUCAUGAGGUUGUGUUUGUAUCUGACGAGCGAGAAUUUGACAUCACCGGAGGGGGACUGGAGGGCACCCAGGGCCCAGCUCUCCUGGCCUACAACGAUGCUGUGAUGUCACCCCGGGACUGGACAGGGAUUCAGCGCCCAGGGGUGUCACACAAGCGGGAGGAUCCCCGCACCGUGGGGCGCUUCGGCUUGGGCUUCACCUCUGUCUACCACCUCACGGACCUGCCAGGUGUGUUGAGCCCCCCAUACUUGGGGGUGCUGGACCCCGAAUUCAAGGUGCUACCUGGUGGUGGCAAGCGCUGGGACAUCACUGAAGCCCAGGACCUUCCUGGCCUUUUCAAGCCCUUCUGGGCUGGGCUGGAAGCUGUGGGACAACACCGUACCUCAGCCCAAGGCACCCUCUUCCGCUUCCCCCUUCGCCGGCAACCCUCGGAAAUUGCUGCAGGGGUCUCUGAUCCUGAGCGCAUCUGCAACCUCAUGCAGACCUUCCUCACAGAGGCCCCUCUUGCCCUCCUCUUCCUCCGCCAUGUCCGCCGUGUGGUCCUGCACCGUGUGGAUCCUGAUGGGGUCCAGACACUCAUGGGAACACUCGAGGCAUCCCCUCAGCCUCUGCCUGUCCCGGUGCCAUCUGGGGAUGAGGGGCUGAGUCUGGUGUGGUGCCUGGUGGCCUUUCACGGGGAUGGGGUAGGUGCUGGGAGCAAGUGGCUGGUGGCCACAGGCAGGGCCACUGAGGGGCCAGCCGUGGCUCUGGGCACAGGGCUGGGGUGCUGCCCUGAGCUGAGCCUGGCACACCCCCUCCAUGGGGCCUGCCAAGGGCGGCUCUGCUGCUUCCUGCCACUGCCAGCCACCGAUGAGACGGCCACAGGGCUGCCCGUCCACGCCAGCGCUCCCUUCUCCCUCUCUGAUGAUCGCCGCCACCUGCGCUGGCCCCAGGAGGGCGAGAAGGGUGAGGAAGAUGCCCGCUGGAAUGCUCUUCUGCUGCUCGAUCUCCUGCCCCGGGUCUACAGCCACUUGGCCACUGUGGCCGUGACUCUGCCCGGUGCAGAUGCCCACAGCCUGUGGCCAGACCCUGAGCAUUUGCCGAGCUCCGGCCGGAUCCACAGCCUGGUGAGCCGGGUGUGCCAGGAGCUGGCGGCU